UACAUACAUUGCAUAUUUCAUCGCUCUCUCGCAAACAUCCAUUUUCAUCCCAAUACUUUCAUCGUUCUUUCGUUGAGCGCCCCUGAGGCCGCCGUAUCGUUUUAGUAAUAUCAAUAUUUAAUCAUUCUUCACACAUCAUACACGCUAUGCAUUUAAGUACGAUUGUAUCAUUGGUUUUAAGCUUCGCUGCUUUGAGCAUCGCAAGUGAGUAUCAAAAUACCUUACAUUUUUAGCACUCAUAACAAGGUCCAGGCCCAUAUCCUCACCAGGUCCCGGAGACUGUUGAGAAUAUUGAAAGAGGCUUGGUGUAUAACCCUAGAAGCUCGGGACAUCGAACGAACUCGAACAAUGUGAUUAUUAUCACGAAAACAAAAGAGGAGCAGUUGACGGAAGUUUCACGAGGACGCGAAAUCCAGCUCACAAAGUUGGUUCAAGAGCGACUUGUCAUCAUUGAUCAAACACAAGUUGCUCGAGACAACGUUAGGAGAAAUCAUUUCAGAAAUUUGAACUCGCAGCGGGUAUGUUCUUUCAUUGAAGUGGGACUAAAAAGCACUGAUUGAUGUAUUUCCCAGAACACUGUUAUCAUCGUUGUCACCCAAAUUAUCGAUGCUCGGGACACAUCAAGCAAAAACAUUAGAUAUAUGACACAUCAAGUUCAGGCAGACAAUCAAGCCCGUGAUACUCAAUUUGUUAUGGUGCAUCAAGCUCAGCAAAUGACUAUCAAUGGUGCAUCCCAAACAGGAUCUUUACCUCAAGGCACUAGCUUUCCGGCUUCCUCUUCCGUUGAGACGUAUGAUUCCAAUGCAGCACCAUCAGUAUCAAACGUUAGCCAAAUCUUACCAGUAAACGCAGAAGCUCCAAGUUUUGCAGGUGUAAAACAAUUCAAAGAUCCAGCUAUGAUCAUCGAGGAGAACCAGAUGGCGAUUGUGAAUUUUGCGAGUGCCAGAGGAAAUUGAUUUAGGGUUAUCUAUGUAUCUCGGGCUCAUGUUAUGCUUCGUGAAGGAUGGCUGUUGGGGGGGACGUUGCUACCCAGACAUAUUUUGGUAGAUCCAUACUUGUGUGACGCAUCGUCCCAUUGAAGGGGGACUUGGUAACUCAAACACUGAAUC